CCCGAACACGGUGACAAGAAAACCUUCGCAGAGUGGAAUUUCCAGCAAGUCUCUCUGUCAUAGUCAUACGAAUAAUUAACUCUCCCAAGACUUGAUGCAUUAGGUCUUUUUUUGUGAGCAGUCGAUGUGAUAGUAAUUCAUCAGGGACAUAUUUUGAUGAUCAUUAUGUGAGGGGACGCAAUCCGUUUUUGCUCUUGUGUUGUUUCCAUCAGUCUUGAAUAUGAAUAAAACGGGGGCUACAUUUGUGAAACCCAUUCAGACAUAUUAUAGUUGUGAAGGCAAAGCUUUUACUCACAUUCUGCUGUAUUCGCUUCUCAUCCUUUGAACACAGUUUGAAUUAUUUGACUACGUGAAGAAUGUUGCAUUGCUCUGUGACGUCUAUCUGUUAGAAUAUGUCCUUCAGACUGCUAAUGCCUCAGAUUCCUCAGCAACAACAACAUAUCAUUUAGGAAUAAAAAGCAAGCAAAAGACCUCCACGUAUUCUUAAUAUUUCAUUGCAUGCUCGCAUGAACAUUGUUGUGUUGACCCUCUCACCAUCCAGUGAUCCAAACUAGCCACAUUGCCACAAGGUGUUUCAUUCAUCAGUUGGCAAUGCAAUUUAAAUAUUCUCUGAGAUUCCUGAGUGCAAAGGCUGGGGGGCCACAUCUCUCAACAAGACUUGAUCCUGCUAUUUCAUGCAUCAGAGACCUUCUUUUUUUGUAGUGAAUGUGGGAUGCUAUGAAUGUUUUCUGUUUAACCCUUAAUAGUGUAUUGUUCUGGGAUAAUCAAACAUCUUGUAAUGAAAAUUGUUGAAUGGGACACAGAGGUCCACAUCAGAAGCAAUGAGUAAUACGUACCUAUUGUAUAGUACAUUAAGACUCUCAGGUCAAAUAUAUAUUCUGUUGCAGAGCAACUUUAUAUUUUAUGUUAACCCUGCUGAGUCAAGACACACGUGUUGACAUGAUGCACUCUUUCCUCCUCUUUUGUGUCCUUUGUUUGGGGAUGUCGUAAAGGCGUUGUGGAAGGGGUUACAGACCAUUGUUGACCGUCCAACGCACUUUAGUUGAAGCACACUUACACCUUAACCAAUCAUUAACCAUAACUUAUUUGCCAUAAUUACAUUUUUUUCUGAACUGUAGCCAUGUAGUUACAAUUUGAUAUUGUAGAAAGUACAUUUUUGUCAUGUAAAAAAAAAAAAAAAAAAGCAACUUUGUCAUGCUAAAUCAUUCUAUACUGAUGCUAUUAUGUGGAGGUGGUGGAGGUAAUUGGGAAAUGUACCUUUAUUGAGCACAUUUCUUCUUCUCUGUGUGCUCAAUAAAGACCAUCGGAUUCUCGCAAACGUCUAAUCAAGAGUCGGUUAACUUCUACCUACUUCUUCUUCAGUCAGCACUUUCUGUGUAUUCUUAAUUCAUCUGCGUAAACAGCUUAAAUUGACCUUCUUAGUCCUUGCAGGGCUUUUGACAGGACCUUUCUCACCAGGCUCAACCUUGUUCAAUGUCACAUUUACACAUACAGAGGACACGGGCCAGCGGGUCCCUGGGGUGGUAACCCGUGAACAGCAAACACUGAAAUGUGAAACUACUGUUGUGGAUUCGCCUCAAGAUGACCUGACAACUCUGGCUGUGGCUUGAGAUCUCCUGGGGCCUGGCAUACAUACCUCCAGUAAAACUGAGAAAAACACAGCGAUGAAGAGUGGAUUGAAGAAAGGCAGCCAGAAAGAGAAAGAAACUGAAAGCCGAAGAUAGAGGGAGAAAGAGACACAGAUAAGUGUGCCUUUGAAGAGAACAUCAGCAGGCUUCAUGGCACUCAGGCAGACCUCUCUCCUCCCUCCUCACAGAGGACCCAUCUCAGCAGAUUAAAGCAGGAGCCUCUUUGAGGUGGCGCCCUUGCAUUAUCCCUGCAUCCUGCAUCAAGUAAUUGAAAGACCUAAGAGUAUGGUAGGGGGCUCGAAGAAAGGGGGGUCUGGGCUGAGUCAUCCUUGCAAGUUUUGGACUUGCAGAAAAUGAGAAGACUAAUUGGUUUUUACUAGACGUCCAUUGAACAAGGAGCUAUAAGAAGGAGAAGGAGAGAAAGCAGCUGAAAGGGCUCAAAAAGUUGUAGGUGCUUUUACACAAUAUAUUUCUAACAUACAAUGUAGCAUAUACAGUGCCUUGCAUAAGUAUUCACCUCCCUUGGACUUUUCUACAUUUUGUCAUGGUAUAACCACAGAUUCAUGAAUCAUGAAUCAGCAUUCACACUAAUAAAUGAGAACAUUAUAAAAUAAAUUGUUCAGACAAGCAAAAGAGUACUCAGCACCUACGGUAUUCGGUAUUCAAUAACUAACACAGCUUUCAUUCUGGAUCGGAGAUAACACAUAAUAUUUGCAGGACCUGUUGCGUUGUGAUGGCUUAUACGGCUGCCGGUAUCAUAAAACCGUCUUAAAUUUGAAACUGGCCCGUUAACUCCCACAUUAUCUGACCAAAUGAGGCAGAAAGGACAUUUUGGCCUAUAAAACUGUGGAGGACAUGCUGUAUCUGCGUAGUUUAGAGAGCGCUAGAGACAGAGACAACUAUUAUAUCUGGGGGGGAUUGAAUAUGGGAUGGUCCUGAAUGAGCUCAAUGGAUCAGAGUAAUCUCAGUCAAAUCACUGUCAAUGCACUGUCUGCACGCUAUUUAAUCCUCUCUGGCAUGACAUUUAAUAUGUUGCACAGCAAAUGUAUUAUGAUGAAUACAUGUUCAUCACUUUGAAUGUUGAUACACAGCUGUCGAAGUCUGCAUUUGCCCCAUGACAUUUACCUUUAAAUUCCUGGUGAAAUAAGCACACGUAUGUGAAAGUGUUUAUGAACGAGAAGGAAAAGCUGUGUCCGUUUUGCAGCUUCUUGACAGGAAAUGGUCCCUUCUUUGAGCAGAUAUUUGCUUCCAGUACUUCAGGUCACUCACAUCUUCGUCAUCUCCUCCCCUAAAGGUCUCUCCCUCUUGUUCCUUUCCAUCCCCACUCCUUGUUCUCCCUCACUCCCGCUGUUUUUUUUUUUCUUUUUCCAAUGGAUGAAACAGGACAUGGUUUCUCAUUAUCAACCAGACUCCUCCCUCUCUUUGACUGGUGGCGUUUCUCCCCCCUCCCUCUCGCGUGGCGAGCUCGGCUGUGAGCGUUAAUCCCGGAUUGUGCUGCCCUGUCGUCUGCAUCCCGUUGUUGCUGGGAGAGCAUGGCAUGGCUCCAGGACCCCUGUGCUCACACAGGGGAGAAGUGAACGAAUGAGAGAGAGAGAGGCAAGAGAGGGAAAGAGGUACUGUUUCACGACUGUCACAGCUCCUUGAGCACUGCAUUGCACUGAGUGUUGCUGAGUUUUAGUCACACACACUCUCUCACAUAAACAAGGGAGAAAAGAGACAAAAAGGAAGGAUGACGUCCGGUUCGUCGCAGCUGUGGGUGCAAAUGUGAGUGAAGAAAGAGGAAACCUCGGUCACGUCCUGGGUUCCAACACAUUGCAAACUCUCUCUGCUCGGCGCUGCGUCUUCCUCGCCACUCACACUUAAGAGGGAUUAAACUUUUGUGUGUGUUUGAUCUCUUGUUGGUACAUCGGGAACUCUUUGAGACUCUAACAUGGAGUCUCCCACCAAAGAGAUCGAGGAGUUUGAAAGCACGUCCCUGAAGUACCUGCAGCCGGAACAGAUUGAGAAGAUUUGGCUCAGGCUCCGUGGACUGCGCAAGUACAAGAAGACGUCCCAGAGAUUACGAUGUCUGGUGAAGCAGCUGGAGAGAGGAGAGGCUUCCCUCACUGAUCUCAAGAAGAACCUAGAAUAUGCAGCGUCGGUGCUAGAAUCUGUUUAUAUCGAGGAGACGAGGCGUUUGGUGGACACAGAGGAUGAACUCAGUGACAUCCAGUCAGAGUCGGUUCCCUCAGAGGUGAGGGAUUGGCUGGCCUCAACCUUCACCCGCCAGAUGGGCCUGAUGCUGCGUCGCAAUGAAGAGAAACCUCGCUUCCGCAGCAUCGUCCACGCCGUCCAGGCGGGCAUAUUUGUUGAGAGGAUGUACCGUCGUACCUCCAAUAUGGUGGGACUCAGCUACCCCCCUUCUGUCAUAUCUGUGCUUAAGCAUGUUGACAAGUGGUCGUUUGACGUGUUCGCUCUGAAUGAGGCCAGCGGGGAUCACGCACUUAAAUUCAUAUUCUACGAGUUGCUCACAAGAUACGACCUCAUUAGCCGUUUCAAGAUCCCGAUCUCUGCGGUGGUGUCAUUCGUGGAGGCCCUAGAAGUGGGAUACAGCAAACAUAAAAACCCCUACCACAACCUGAUGCACGCUGCUGAUGUCACGCAGACUGUACACUACUUGCUACUCAAGACUGGCAUGGUGCAUUGGUUGACUGAGCUUGAGAUCUUUGCCAUGAUCUUUGCGGCAGCGGUGCACGACUACGAGCACACGGGGACCACAAACAACUUCCACAUUCAGACAAGGUCAGACACAGCUAUCCUUUACAAUGACCGCUCAGUGUUGGAGAGUCACCAUGUGAGCGCAGCCUACCGCAUGCUGCAGGAAGACGAUGAGAUGAACAUACUCUACAACCUCUCCAAGGAUGACUGGAGAGAGCUUCGGGCUCUGGUGGUGGAGAUGGUGCUGGCCACAGAUAUGUCCUGCCACUUCCAGCAAGUUAAAACCAUGAAGAACUUCCUACAACAACCUGAGGGCAUUGACAAGCCCAAAGCCCUGUCCCUGCUGCUGCACACAGCAGACAUCAGCCACCCGGCCAAACGUUGGGACCUCCACCACCGCUGGACCACCUCCCUACUGGAGGAGUUCUUCAGACAGGGGGACAAAGAAUCAGAGCUUGGCCUGCCAUUCUCUCCACUCUGCGACCGAAAAUCCACAAUGGUGGCCCAGUCCCAAAUUGGGUUCAUUGACUUCAUUGUGGUGCCCACCUUCACUGUGCUGACGGACAUGAUGGAACGCAUCGUCAAACCGCUCAUCGACGAGGCAUCCCAUGCAGGUUUUGCCGGCUUCAGACGCUCAAGUCUGAACAGUCUUAGCUCAGAGGAGUCCAAGAGGCACAGUGUGAAGAGCUCCGACAGCAGCUCGUCGGGACAAAGCUCUCUGCUGAUGGUGGACCUGAAGAACUUUAAGGCGUUGUGGAACGAAGAAGUGUACCAGAAUAGAGAGAGGUGGAAAGCUCAGGCUGCUAAAGAGGCGGAGGAGAGAGCUAAAAGGGAAGCGGAGGAGCAAGCCCAACAGGAAGAGGCGAUGGAGCCCCAGGAGGUCCACACAGAACCAGAACAGCCUGAACCAAAGGAGGACCAACUGGAGGGGGAGGAGCUUGAGUCGGCGGAGGUCAGACCACCAGAUGGUAACAUGGGGGAAACAGAGCAGGGAGCGCAGCCAGGGAGCGCCACGCACAAGAAUCCUCCACUGCAGAACGGAGCGUUAUCUGAAGGGACUGUAUCUCCAGAGGUUGAAGAAAACAAGAACAAAGGAGACGAUGCAGAGGUGGCGAUGGAAUAAGCCAGCUGUGGAGAAUCACGGCCUCACUGUCACUGACCUGAACCUGCUUUUACUUGUAUGCGAGGACUCCCGCUCACGCCAGAGGAAAAGCCAUUAGUUGGACUGUGUUGCCCUCUACAGGACACCAAGAAACUGACACCUUCACUUCCUUUUUUUUGUCUCUAUGAUUAACUGUUUUUACUUUUACCAUGUUUAUGCUCCCAGGCUAUUGUAUGCAGAGCUUGCAGCUCAACGCACGUGCAUUAUUCCUACCUUCCUGCUUCCUGAUGAAUACAAUAUAGAAGAAUAUUUAAUGACCUUGUGAUGGGAGGGGGGGGACGAAGAGGAGCCUUUGAAAGACACUGAAAAUGUUGCUUUUCUAAUUUUAGUUUGCCAAUCGUUUACUUCGCUCUACUUGUGUGCUUAACUCAGACCACAGACAUGUAGCCAUUCUAUUCAAAACCCACUUUUCACUGCUGUAUUACGCUUCUCUGUCGGCACACAAGACAAGUUUGUUUGCAGACAAGGGUUUUGCAUCACAGUGAUUUAUAUUGGUACUAACUGAAGAAUACAUUGUGGGAAAUGCAGAGUAGAUGUACAUCAAGAGGGACGUCUAUAGCCGCUGCACAGUAUGUACUGGAUACAAGUAAGUGUACAGUUCAUUGGGGUUGAAUUGACAGGUUUACAGCACUAAUAUUUUACUAGAAAGUACUCCUUAAACGUAUCUCUGUGUAGAACAUUUGAGUUGUCCCUGUGCUGCAGGAGCUCCGGUUGGGAGUCUCUUAGGUUUGCUGAGGCUACUACAAGAAACCAGUCGUGGCUCAUAUUUCUUCCCUCCACAUGUUUACUUUCUUAGUGCUUUCCUCAAAUGCAUUUGUGUUCCUUGCAGCCAGGUUUGUGUUGUUUUUGUGUGUUUCUGUCCUCUUUACUGUAUAUAUUGAAAGUUUGUAUAUGUAUGGAAAUGAGGAGGAGUAGAAAUCCUACAAUUCCACAAUCCAUCAACAGGUUUUUUUUUCUUUUUGGGUAUAAUGUAAGAUAGUGUAGUGAGAAAUAUCCAAAAAUUAGAAUGCAACUUUUGCAUCUCAAACAUAUCACACAUUCAAGUUUUUGUAACAUGUAAAAUGUUUUUCUUUUACUUUUAUUUUGUAACAAUCUUAUUUGUUUUGCAUUUGUUGUGUCCUAUAUGAAUCAUGCACUAGACGUGUCUAAUAUCCUCACACUAUGUCGUUUCUUCGUCAAAAGACUUCUUCUUGAUGCCUUCUUAUAUCUAUUUAAGCUGUAGCAAAAAUGUCAAGAUUGUCGCUGAAUUAGAGAAAAAGCUCACAUAUUUUAUUUUGCAGUACAGUUAUGUUACAGCAGCUUCGCCUAUGAGGUUGUUGGUGUAAUGUUUUAAUCGUGUUUACAGUGAGCUCGUACACUUAUUAGCCAGUUGAAUCCAUCAUGCUUCUGUGAUGCAUCCGAGGCUACGAGUCCAAACUGUGUCUGCUUCUUGUCUGUAUGCCGGGUUUUUAAGGCUUGUAAUGUUGUGUAUAGGAGAUGCAAAUAUCGCUUACUGUGCAUAUGUAACAUAUUGAACCUCUGCAACGCUGGUUCAGCUUUAUACACUUAAUAUGUGUAAUUGAAAGAAAAGAAGCAUUUUGACAGUAUUCACUUAAUAAUGGAUAUUUUGUCCCUAAAAUUUAACACUUUUAUUUUGUUUUUCCUUAUGUUUUACAUUCUUUUGGUAUGAAAAUCUCAACAUUUAUUGUGCCAAUAUCAGGUUCUUGGCAUAUUAUUUUAAAAUAUACUGUACAUAUGUGUACUGGUACAUAUACUAAAACAUAAAGUAUAUAUGGGGUUCAAAGAGGGUGAAUAAUCCAGCAUCUAAACAUUUAUAUAAAACUGUAGGAAUGAUUUUAUAGCCUCUUUGUUUUAAUACACACGACUCAUUUUUAUAUUAUGACAGGAAGGUAAUAUAUAAAGCAGUUUAUCACGUAAUGUAACCACAUGCAUCUUUCUACUUAAAAUACAGUCAGUGGUUAGCAAGACAGCUGGCUGAAUGUGUGCCUAUAUAUGUACUUUCCAUUUCACACCUUUCACCUGUAGGAAAACGAAUUAUGUGAUGUCAUUUGAAUUUGUGCUGAUCCAGGUACAGUCAAAGAAAACAUUCAUAUCUUCCUACAGUUAUUCACACUAAAGAGUCUUCUGUAAAGACUUUAAUUUUAGACACUGUUGAAAAGUCAGGAGUUUGAUGUCGCAGAAGUAUAGUCAUUAAGUGGUAGAUUAUUUUUGCUCGUUUUCAUUUAGGAAAAUCAGUUUUAUCGCUGUGUAGCUUUUUCUGUUGUAGUGUACUGUUCAGUGGAUUGUCCAAAAGUCUUCAACAUGUAAUGGCAUUUUUAUUUUGUCAUUUUGUCUCUCCUCUCUGGUUCAUUCGUCCCUGUGUGUGUCUGUUCCAUAUGUUUUAGUCCACCAGCUCUGAAGUCAGAAAAAACAAUUCAAGUGGCUCAAAACUGUAAAUUCAAAGUGUAACAACUAUAUAGAGAUUCGAUUUAUUAAUAGAACCAAUACAAAACUCAUUGUGUGCCCAAAAUCGCCUGCCUAACACUUGGUAAAGCAAAAUAUAUUAUACCAAGGGACCAACACAUGUACAGUCUUAUAGUUUGCUCUAUCUUUCACUUGCUACUGUGUUAGCCUAUACUGUAUGGAUAUUUAAAAAUAAUUUAUACCAACCAUAAUCAAAAAACAUAGCUGUAUUUAUGACAUGCUCAGACUUCUAAAUAAUGGUGUUUUGUAAUUGUUACUACAGAACAGAUUAAUUGUUGUUUGUUUAAUGCUUUGUCUCCUUGUUUAGUGUGAAUCAGUCGGAUCUCAAACUGUUCUAGUGACCGAGGUUAGAUGGAUGUAAAGCGUGUGUGUGUGAGAAACUGCCGAAAAAUACUUAAUUAAUGUGCAUUUCUGAUCUCCUCACUGUGACCUGCUCUAUCGAUGAGAGUGUGAUGAGACGAGUGUGUGUGUGUGUGUGUAAGAGAGAGAGAGA